UUUUUUUUCUUUUUCUCCUUUUACCUCCAGGCGAACCCAGGAGUUGGGUUGUGAGGAACCCAGGAGUUGGGUUGUGAGGAACCCAGGAGUUGGGUUGUGAGGAACCCAGCUUGCGGGUUUGCACCUAGGAGCCUGGGUUCACGAGGAACCCAGCUCGCAGGCCCAAAUCUAGUUGAUGAUAGUUGUUUUUGAUGGGUUGGAGGAGACAGGAUUAAGGGUUCUGAAUCAAGUCAACCAUGGUAUAAGGCAAAGAUCUAAAGAGUACAUCAGUAACAGCUUAGCCAUUGUUGCUAACAUGCCACUUCUUCUUGAGAAGUUUGGUCUGAAAAUGCACUGAAAUUUCUUGUUUCUCUUGCUUCAGAUUUUGAUUUCCAAGUCUUGAUUCUCAGUUUCUGGUUUGUAAUGAAAAUAAUUGUGUAAAAUUACACCUGUAAAGACUAUUGUGGAUUUUUAAUUAUCUCUUCUUUUCUUUGAUUCGUUUCAUUUCUGUUGUUUUUUUGAAAAUUGAUGAAUUACGAAUUUAGGAAGAGAUGAUAAACAUAAAUAUGGAAAGAAGGAAGUCCUAUUCUCUCUUUUCUUUUUUACCACAAGAAAGUAUUGGGUUCCUC